AUGUCUGAUCCUCGCAGAAGAAAAGCCCGCCAUGAUUUGACGCCAGAUAACCUAUCUUAUGCUAUUCAAGUCACUAAUCUGCCCAUAGACUGGACGCAAGAUACGGUCUCGUCUGUCUUAGCAGGUUCAGGUCCGGUGGUAGAGAUAUCUUCGAAGACAGAUCCAAGGACGGGCAAGUUGAGUUCCUUACGUUUUGAUUAUAAAAGCAGCAAAGAUUGCAAAAGUGCAUUUGAUAUACUAAAUAGAAUACAGAAUUUUCCAUGUACAUUGGAAAGAAUAAUACCACCUAACUAUAAGGAUAUGGAAUUAUUGUCUAACAAGGAAGAACUACAAUUAAAUAGAGAUGCAUAUCCGUGGAACGCAGGUUUGGAUUUACCUUUCGAUAUGGUGUCUGAAGUGCCAUUGCCCAGGAAACCUACACAAACAAGCCCCGCUACGACAAAUUCCGUAGUUUUCCCAGACAUAUUAAGUAAGGCUUCGCAACAUUUGCCACCAUUCCAACCCAAUGUAUUGCAAGCACCUGAUCUUGUAUCUACAAAUUUGAGCAAGAUACCACCGCUACAAUUGAUCGAAAUUAUUUCGAAUCUGAAGAUUUUGGCAAACCAGGAUAGCUCCAAAAGGACGCAAUUGGAAAACUUUCUGAAAACAAAUAUGGAAAUUUCUGUAUCAGUUACACAAGCUCUUUUAGAGAUGGGAUUCAUCAACUAUAACGUUGUUACAAACGUGCUUAAGGGGCAGCCAAAAAAUGACACUACUGUUUUCCAUUCUAAUACUACUAAUGGAACUGGCAAUAGUAAUAGUAACAGUGUUAAUAACAGUAGUUCAAAUACCCCGUUAUAUGCGAAUUCAAAUGUGGCUUCACUGAGCAGCGUGCCUGUACCGGCAGCCUUUGUUCCGCCAAUGCCACAACAUGCACAAAGACCACCCUUUGGAUUUGUACCGCCACCUAUGCCAUUUAUGCCACCCAAUCCAGUACUUGGUAUGGCUCCGUCUAAUCCUAUGAUGAGAAUGUCUCCCCCACAUCCAGUGAUAAACAUGCCACAAUCAACAGUUGCACAGAACAGCUCUGGCAGGAUAAAUAUGGCAAAAUUACAGGCAUUACCUCAAAAUCAAAGGGAAACUAUUGAAACUGUGUUAAAAUUAACGCUUGAUCAAAUAAAUGCUCUUCCAGCAAAUCAAAAGUCAAUGGUUGAAAAUUUGAAAAAGGAAUAUACUUUAUGA